GGCAAAAAUUGUUCUGCUUUGCCCAACAUUGGUAUCGCAGACUCAGGAGGGGGUUACCAUGCCUUGAUGAUUGCUGCCGGCGCUGCCGCGGACUUAGACAGUCGUACGCCCGGCCCACUGCAAUUUGCAACGUACUUUGCAGGAUUUUUUGGCCGAGGUUGGCUCAUCUCUUCAUUAUGCGCAAACAAUUUCACGUCUGUCCAGAGCAUCUUGGACAGU